AGGCACUCAGGCUCACUCUGAGAACCCAGACAGACUCGUGCGCAUGCUCCCGAGGUGCCCCAGCCGUGGCCCGUGGGGUGUCUAUGUGCCAUGCUGACCAGCCCCCGCCCUCUGCUGCAGCCAUGACCACUGUCCUGCUCAACGGUCUCUUCUGCCUUCCCCGCAUCAUCUACGCCAUGGCCGUCGACGGGCUAUUCUUCCAGGCAUUUGCCUACGUGCACCCCCGGACACAGGUGCCUCUGGUAGGCAUCCUGGUGUUCGGGGUUCUCACGGUUUUGGUGGCGCUGCUGCUGGACCUCGAGGCAUUGGUCCAGUUCCUGUCCAUUGGCACACUGCUGGCCUACACCUUCGUGGCCAUCAGCAUUAUCGUGCUGCGAUUCCAGAAGGCCCCUCUGUCCAGUUCCCCAAGCCCAGCCAGCCCCCGCCCUGCGGCCAAGGAGUACAAUUCCUUCUCAGACCACAUAGAGCUGGUGGGCACCGAGCAGGUCCCAGCCCCCGAGCCUGGGCAGCUGCGGCCAGCCCUGAGGCCCUACUUGGGCUUCCUGGAUAGGUGCAGCCCUGGAGUGGCCGUGGCUUCAGCGAUCUGCAUCCUGGUGGCCUCAGCCAUCACCCUGGGCUGUGUGCUGAUCUUCGGGGACUCAGCCCUGCACCUCCCUCGCUGGGGCUACAUCCUGCUGCUUCUGCUCUGCAGCAUCAUGUUUCUGCUCAGUCUCCUCGUCCUGGGGGCCCACCAGCAGCAACGCCAGCAGGACACCUUCCAGAUCCCCAUGGUGCCCCUGAUUCCAGCCUUGAGCAUUCUCCUCAACAUCUGCCUCAUGCUGAAGCUGAGCUACCUGACCUGGGUGCGCUUCUCCAUCUGGCUGCUGAUUGGUGAGUGGGGGGCCAGGCUGGUGUCCUGGGCCGGCUGCAGGAGGAGGGUGAGGAGGGCGAGCAGGGCUGAGACCUGCCAUUCAUGCUCGCGCCACCCCUGCAGGACUCUUGGUAUAUUUCGGCUAUGGCAUCUGGCACAGCAAGGAGAACCAGCGGGAGCUGCCGGUGCUGACCAUCACACGCUAUGUGGUUUUCUCUAGCGGCAGCCUGGAGGAGACAGUGCAGGUUGUGCAGCCCCCCAGCCAGGUGCCAGCCCAGGAGCCCAGCAGUCCAUGAGAGCUACCUGCCCUCCAUCCAAGGCAGCUCCGGUUUGCGGGCCUGCCCACGCUAGGGGGGUCCUUCGGACUGUAGUUCAGGGGCUGAGCUUUGAGUCUUUGGAGCCGGUGUGGCCAGCGCUGGUGUGGUGGACUCUUUGUGCAGUGCCUUCCAGUUUAUGUCCAACUCCAGCAACCUGGGCAGGUGGGGUAGGGCGGGUCGGGAAGAAGCCCCAGCCUCAGGAAUCCAUGAU